UCGGGUUUCUUCCGCAUUGCAAACACAUCUCAUGGCUUGACAGGCCCUUUUGUAUUCUUUUCUCAUUCUGCAACCAUCUCACUCGUUGUGUCCGGACGCCUUCGUAGUCAUGGACGCCGUCUCUUCGAAUGACUACCCCGCCGACGGCGCCUACAAUCCGUAUAUCGUCGAUCAACAAACCCUCCACUCCCAAGAUGACUCCGACAACACCGCCAUUCAGAACACUGCCUUUUCCCAGAACACUUCUACACCUCCUAUAGACCAAGAUCCCAAUCAGAGAUACAAUUCCCCCGGUUUAUACCCCCAGCCAAGUUCUCGACCCGACUCAGCCAUGGGCGGCACCCAACAAACACAAUAUCAACAGGAGAACAGACAACAACCAGCCAACAAGAGCAGUGUUGUGAUCAAAGUUGGUAUGGUAGGUGAUGCUCAAAUCGGCAAGACUUCUUUGAUGGUCAAGUAUGUCGAAGGCAGUUGGGAUGAGGAUUACAUUCAAACAUUGGGCGUCAACUUCAUGGAAAAGACCAUUUCAAUACGCAACACGGAAAUCACCUUUUCGAUCUGGGAUCUCGGCGGUCAACGAGAGUUUGUCAACAUGUUGCCUCUAGUUUGUAAUGAUGCAGUUGCCAUCCUCUUCAUGUUUGACCUCACCCGGAAAUCCACCUUGAACAGUAUCAAGGAAUGGUACAGACAAGGCCGAGGUUUCAACAAGACUGCUAUCCCAUUCCUCAUCGGCACCAAAUAUGAUCACUUCGUCAACUUCCCCAGGGAGGACCAAGAAGAAAUCAGCAAUCAGGCCCGUCGUUUUGCAAAAGCUAUGAGAGCCAGUCUCAUUUUCAGCAGCACCAGCCACAGUAUCAACGUCCAAAAGAUCUUCAAAAUCGUCCUUUCCAAGGCCUUUGAUUUGAAAUGCACCAUCCCUGAAAUCGAGAAUGUCGGCGAACCUUUGCUCCUCUAUCAGUCUACGAACUAGAGAUGAAACCUUCUGCGGCUCCUAUACUACCGAAAGCCUCUUUGUAUUCUGACCUCGGAAUCAGUCCAUACAUGUGGAAUACAAAAGCUUUACGUCAAGGAUGCACUCCGCAAUCGCCAUCAUCAUUGAUCCUCUUCCAUCCUCCAUGCAACCUUUCGCUCCAAAGGCCUCUACGACUUGAAAAAAUAAAUCAAGCCACACCCAGAGACAACGCCACGCCCAUGUCCACCCUUUUUGUCAUCCCGUCUUGCCGACACUGUACAGUCGUACAUCGACAUCACAAACAUCAUCAUCACGUCCAUCGAAAACUUUCGUUUGUCCCGAUUGAGAAUCAACAACAACAAGAACAACCCCCGCACCAAUCAUCCCCUUACUUCCUUGUCCUUGUUUAGCAGCGGAGCAACAUGGUAGACAGAGCCAUGGGUCUUGAGAGCUCAAGGAGAGGAGUUGGAUGCAAUGCAAUGCAUAUUGAAAAUGAGGUCGAGAUCCUGAGAUUGAGGGACAGGGUCGGGUCUAGACACUGCCAUUGUCAUCGCCACUGGCACAGUCACUGGACUAUAUGUAAGAAAUUGUAUCGCGUCUAGUUAUCGCAGUUGGGCGAACGGCCAAUUGGGCUCGCAAUGAUCCUCAGAAUCAAACUAGAUUUGCUGUAUGAGAAAUGUGUGGGUGGGUUUCGGAUCAAUGUUCUUGUGUGCUCUGCACGAAGAGAGAGAGAGGGAGGGAGAGUUGAUGAGUUCGCUCCUCCACUAAGUAGAGAUCUUCUCACGGCACAAGUUUUGCUUGCAGGUUGAGCAACAAGAAAGCCAUAG